AUGAAAAAAUCAUCCAGUCAGACUUGCUCACUAGAAACACCGGCUAGCUGGAGCAAUUUCGACCUUCUAGUCUCCCAAUGGGCAACACUGACUGAUACUCAACAACAAUUUAUUAACGGUCUAGAAGGACUACUUACUCAGUUAGUUUCUAGUGACACUGAUACAGCGCGGAUAAGAACG